AUGCAAUCAUCCAGAGUGAUGAUAAGCAGCGGUGAGCUGCGAUCCUCACAACUGGACAAUUUGGCAGUGUCACGUCCCUUCGUUCAGCAGAUCGACGUUGUGUUUCCAUCGUCUGAGCAUUUCGAAAAGGAAUUCUCUUCAUUAGUAACAUCGUAUGACAGAGCCCAGUUUACUCUCUCAGAGCUUUUCAACCAAGCUGGCCACGAUUCGCUGGCGAACGGUCCUCUAAAGGCACUUCCUGUUACUUGCGAUCCGGAUGGCACUUGGUGCAUCGAUCCGCGAGGCGUUCUUACACUCUGCGUCUCGAAGCAGCUCUAUGAAAAACUAGGACUCGUUGGAAAAAAGCUUCCUUUCAAAGGAUGUCAAGAACUUCACGUCAUCAAAAUCCCUCUAAGACAGAAUAUUGGGAGUGUUGCCGUACGCGAGAGGCAGCGGAUGGCAAUGAAGACAUGGGACGAGCUCCGCGCACAACGGGAGCUGGGGAGAUGGGAAAUCGCAUACGUUGGUGGAGUGACGGAACCUUUGCCCCAAGUAAUGCAUGUUAGGCCACAAAUUUUGCACUACGAUGGCGUGUUCAUUCCAAAUCCGGGGAUCGUUCUGGGGAAAGAGAAGAACCAAGAGGAAUGGAAGGAAAGAGUGAGUGAGGUAUUCGAGUGGGCGGGCAUGGUGUGCUUGGGUGCUCAAAGACUCAGAGCAAACGAUCGUGUCGAUCCAUACGUUGCCGUGUACGACGUUCCUACGCCAUCACAGGUAGGGAAUCUUACCCACAUCCGCUGGAGAGGCACGAUGGACAGCGAGUUUGUGAAAUCGGUGCUGACGACUGCAACAUCGCUCGCGACAACGUGUCCAUCUGGCGACGAUUCUUUGACCACAGUAAUCAUGCACUCAAACCCGGCAGCUCCUGUUUCUUGCAUCACACCUUCGGAGCUUGCCGAGAUGAAGGAUACGCCCUUGCGAGCGCCGCGCCCUGAUGGAGAAGACACACUUUGUUUGAUUCUGACGAACAACACAUGGACAUCAGGGCAAAUUAUUGGGAAAUGGGACGCUCGCUGGGGCUGA